AUGUUUGUGACGAAAAUCGACAAAUCUUAUAAAGUGCAGUGCUUCUACGCAGAGACGGUGAGAACGGUAACGCAGAAUUUGAACGUCAGUGAACGAAAAGAGAUGCAAAAGAAUGUUUUGGUAAUAAUUGGGGAUGAGGAAGCUGCUACGGCGAGAAGACCAUCCAGCGUUUUUUACGACGACACCCAGAAACUUGCAGAAGACACCUUAACUUCGAAUGCUCCUCUUCCAGAAUGUAGGUACCAGGUGCUUGACGGUGGAAAGGGCGGAAGCCCACUGACAUUUGCAUCAGUGGGGCAAGUAGUAUAUCAUGAGUGGACGUGUGACCCAGAAGGAAAACUCUCAGAGGAUUCCCCAUUUUGUGCGACAGUUCAUUCGUGCAAUGUUAAAGAGGAUGGUGGCCGUGAAGUGCUACUACUUGAUGAAAACGGAUGCGCCGUUGAUAGGUACCUUCUCAAUAACCUAGACUAUACUUCCGAUCUUACAGGCGGUCAAAUCUCACAGGUGUUCAAAUUUGCUGAUCAACACUCGCUGUUUUUCCAGUGUCAGAUUCGCCUCAGUUUGAAAGAAGGACUAGUUUGCCGGCGGUCAUCGGAUGAUUGCCCAAAAGUUCUUCGCGGUAAACGCUCAGCAGAAAGCGAUAAUCAUGAGGACAACGUUGAUGUUGUAUCGCAGUACAUGACCAUUUUCGACAUCGAUGAUCUCGGCGAAAAAAUGUCGGGAAUAUCAGCAGCUCUACCUUCUAGUCAACAGCUCCGUAAUGGAGAAAUAUGCAUUUCACAACUAGCCGCUGGAUCUCUGUUGUCUCUCUUAGCAUCAUCAAUAUUGAUCUGUAUACUUUCCAUCGCAUUUGCCACUUACUGGAAGGUUUCUAGCGAUGUAAAACACGGAGACUAA